GAUAGGCAGUGAAGAUGCAGACUUUCCCUUUGUUUGUACAUCAUUUCUCCCGGAAAGAGAAAGAGUGAUGAGUGCCACAAGUGCAACGUGGUUGGUGGCAGUGGUGGGUGUGGUGGUGGUGGUGGUGUGGAGGGUGGUGGAGUGGGUGUGGGUGAGGCCAAAGAGGGUGGAAAAGGUGUUGAGAACGCAAGGCUUCGAUGGCAACCCCUAUAGGGUUUUGAUUGGGGACACAAGGGAAAUGUACAGGGUGCUCCUGCAAGCUGCAAAAUCUCAAAAACCCACUAAUUUUCUCUCCGAUCACAACGACGUAGCACCGCAUCUCACAACCUUUAACCAUCACAUCGUCAACAAAUUCGGGAAAAAAUCAUUUUCAUGGGAAGGUCCUACACCAAAAGUGAUCAUCACAGAGCCUGAGCAUAUCAAAGAAAUCUUCAACAAGAUGCAAGACUUUGGGAAGCCCAAAUUGAGCCCCAUUUUCAAGUUGUUAGGUACUGGACUUGCAAAUUUAGAAGGCGACACAUGGCGGAUGCACCGAAAGAUUAUCAAUCCUGCUUUCCAUUUAGAAAAACUCAAGGUUAUGUUACCAAUAUUUUCAAGAUGUUGCGAUGAUAUGGUUUCCAAAUGGGAAGAGAUGUUAUCUUCAGAUGACAAAUGUGAGAUUGAUGUAUGGCCUUACCUUCAAAGUUUGACCUGUGAUAUUAUUUCUAGAACAGCAUUUGGAAGCAGUUAUGAAGAAGGAAAAAGAAUAUUUGAACUUCUGAAAGAGCAAGGUGGACUUAUUAUGAAAUCACGCAGCGUUUACAUUCCAGGAUGGUGGUUGCUACCAACAACUACACAUAGGAGAAUUAAACAAAUUGAUACUGAAAUACGAGCAUCACUUAAAGGUAUCAUCAACAAACGAGAGGAAGCAAUGAAGGCCGGUGAAGUCUUGAACAAUGACUUAUUGGGCAUGCUUUUGGAAUCAAAUCGUAUGGAAUCACAAGAACAUGGAAACAAUAAGAACCUUGCAAUGACUAACCAAGAAGUAAUCGAAGAAUGCAAUGCAUUCUACAUAGCAGGACAAGAAACCACAUCAGUUUUGCUGGUUUGGACAAUGAUAUUGCUGAGUAGGCAUCCUGAUUGGCAAGCACGUGCUAGGGAUGAAGUAUUGGAAGUUUUUGGUAACCAAAAACCAGACUAUAAUGGGCUAAGUCACCUCAAAAUUGUAACCAUGAUUUUAUACGAGGUUUUAAGGUUGUACCCACCUGUAGUUUAUUUCAGUCGAGCCAUCUCAAGGGAUGUGAAACUUGGAAACCUUUCUCUACCAGCAGGAGUGCAAGUUUCCAUACCAAUCUUGUUGAUCCACCAUGAUCGUGAUAUCUGGGGUGAUGAUGCUACUGAGUUCAAACCAGAAAGAUUUUCUGAAGGAGUUGCAAAGGCAACAAAGGGCCAAGUCACUUUUUUCCCAUUUGGAUGGGGUCCUAGAGUGUGCAUAGGCCAAAAUUUUGCUCUAUUAGAAGCAAAAUUGGUUUUGUCAUUACUUCUACAACGGUUCUCAUUUGAGCUUUCUCCGGCCUAUACACAUGCUCCAGCCACUGUGCUCACUCUUCAUCCAAAACAUGGGGCUCAUAUCAUCUUACGCAAGUUGUAGUUUCAUACUUUUUUAGACUUGGCAAACUCAUCCCCAUUUAGUUUUAUGUUAUAAUAUCUUGUAUUUAAUUAUAGAGGGAUACCUCUUCUAAAUAUAUUGAAUGCUACUACUUGUAAUUCCUAACAUGCAAGAUCUUAUAUUGUUUUAAUUUCUA